GACUUUUGCCUCGACUCGUUUGACCACCCGCUCACUCUGCUCUUCACCAACAGCAUUCUCUGCAUUACACACAGCUUCAGCAGCAGCGUCUUAAAGCCGAGCACCUCGCACCUCACACCUCCAUCGCCCAACCCACACCCCACGCAAUGACCGUUCCAGGCCAGUCCAAGCAGGCCGUCGUCGUCGGCUCGCUCGACCGCGCAGAUGACUACCAGCGCAUCCUGGGCGAGCUCAAGGCCGCCCAGACCAACGUGUCCAACGAGAUGGUCGACCGCAUUCUCGACAAUGCUACCACCUUCCCCGCCACCCCCAUCGCUAUCCACCUCGUCCUCCCCCUCCCCCUGCCUGCGGCGCUCUACUCGCGCAUCCCCGCCUCGACCGAGGUCUUCGUCCACCUGCCCCAGGGAGCGACCGCCGACGCCGUCUCGGCCGCCUUCACUCAGAGCGGCUUUACCGCCGGCCCCGCUCAGGCCUCGUCCUCGGUCGUCGCCUUCACGUCGGCUGCCGGUGCCGGCGCGGCCUCGUCGUCGUCAGCCCCCGCGCCUGCCGUCAAGCUAGCCGCUCGCUCGCUUGGGCUGAAGCGCAGCGCCAACAAGACGUCCAAGGCCGCCAUCUGGGCCAUCGACUCGCCCCUCCUUGCCGACAACGGCCGCUCGCUCCUCACCCCCGAGGACAAGCAACGUCCCGAGUGUGUCAUCCCCGACACUGACGGCAAGAAGGUCAAGCGCAGGCGCGCGUGCAAGGACUGCACCUGUGGCCUUGCCGACCUCGAGCGCGAGGAAGAGGCCCAGUCGUCUGCGGCCAUCAAGGAGGCCCAGAGGGCCUUCUUCCUCGAGGGCGACGACGACAUCCCCGACCACGUCCGCAAUGCCACCAUUGGCGUCGAGGGUGUCUGGCCCACCGAGUUCCGCGCCGAGGCCAAGAAGACCAGCUCGUGCGGAAGCUGCUACCUCGGCGACGCUUUCCGCUGCGGCAGCUGCCCUUACCUUGGCCUUCCUCCCUUCAAGCCCGGUGAGAAGGUGCAGCUGUCGAUCGGCGACGACCUCUGAAGUCCCUGUUCUUCUUGAUCUUGUGUGCUCGAAUCUGAGCCUCUGUUGUAAAGACAGCCGAGACAACCCCGCAGCCAAGUCUCGGCCUGUAAAAGCCCAAAACAUCGUCGGCGUGUAUCACCAACCGCUAGAUUAGAACCUACCUGCAUUGCAGUGUGUCAUGUUACUAUAACAAUCAA